UUCGUCGGUGCAUCGUUCAUUCGGUUCGUAUGAUUUGAAAGCACGUUGCUUUCUACGAGUAUUUCGAAAUAUAGAACAUUUAAAGUGGUGUAUAAAAGCGUAGAACUGUUAUCUCGAAUUAUUGAGAAAGAAAAAGAAAGAGAGAGAGAUAGAGAGAGAGAGAGAAAAUAGAAAAAGAUAUUAUGACAACUAUGAGAACAGAUUCCGUCGAUACGGUGCAUCGACUUUCGUCGAAUGAUACUCUUCAGAAAUCUGAAUUACUCACGGAUCAGGAUGUAAGAUACAUUGUGGAACGUAAACUACAUGGAAAUAAUUUUAACAUAGUAAAUUCUAGCAUGGUAUCUGUCGACAAUACGAACGGUUAUCUUGGCCAAUAUUACAAUGUUCACGUAACCAUAAAGCUUGACGAUUCUAGUAUAAAGAUAUUGAAUUUCUUCGUUAAAACUUUACCACCAACCAAUAGCCCACAAUAUGCAUUUAUCUUACGAUAUGAUACAUUUAACAAAGAGAUAUUCAUUUACACCGACGUGAUACGUCGUAUGGGAGUUGGUAAAGGUUUUAAGUGGUUGGCCGAGUGUUAUUUGUGUAAAAAGGAUUCCAUCAUAGUACUCGAAAAUGCGAAAAUCGAGGGAUACGUAAUACACGACAAACACGUACCGUUCGACGAGUCACAUUGCAUUUUAACAAUAAAAGCUCUCUCGAACUUUCACUCGAGAUCAUUGAUUCUUGAUGAAAAGUUACGUAGUACCGGCCGUACGAUAUUCGAUAUUUAUGGGCAUUUAUUUAACGAGGUAAUAUUUACCGAGGACGAAUUGGCAAGAAAAAUAUCUAAGGAAUCGAUCAAUGCAAUAUUUCUCUUAAUUGAUCUCGAUGAUAGAUUGAACAAUAAGGAUAAGGAUAAAUUAAAGAAACGAGUUAAUUCUUGGUCCUUGGUAUUUCCUAAUUUAUUAAUACCAUCGAAAAAGUAUCGUAAUGUUAUAUGCCAUCGUGAUCUAUGGGCGAACAAUAUCAUGUUCAAAUACGAUUCUAAUGGUUCACCAUUUGGUUGCUAUUUGAUAGAUUUUCAGAUGGUACGAUAUUGUCCACCAGCCAUGGACGUUGUUUUAUCGUUAUAUUUGAUAACCGAUCGUACCACAAGAGAUCGACAUUUUGAAUCCCUUUUGAAGAUUUAUCAUGAUACCUUGAAGAAAGCAUUAAAAGAGGAAGGAUUCGAUAUAGAGGAAUGUUUACCUUGGUUGUCAUUUCGCGAUAGCUGUUACGAGACCAAAAAUAUCGCAUUAUUUUUCGCACUUAUUAAUCUUCAAUUAAUGUUAAUGCCAAGUCAAGCCGCCGAAGAAUUUAUGGGAUCGCCUGACGAUUUUGAAAAAGUUCUUUACGGUGAAAAACGAUCGGAACUCGUACGAAGCCAAUACGAAAAAGUAGAACCAUAUAGAAAUCGGAUAAGAGAGAAUCUCCUCGAAGUUUUCGAGAUGUUGCCCGAUCAACCAUCGAACAUUUGAAAUGAACGAUCUUGUAAAUAUUUUAAUACCAUUUUAUAUUGACAUUUUAUCGGAUUAUACGUAUUAACGAUUAA